CCAUUCUUCGCGUCAUAGCUCACUUCAAAGUUGAACAUGUGAAGUUGACGGGCUGUGAAUAGAAUUUGAAGAAGUUGAGCUUGUCAAGAACAUAUGCAGGUGUCUAUUGUACUCCAAAAAUGCGAGUGACGGUGUGUCUUUGUAGGCAGCACUAUGGCAGACGGUGGAAGGAAAUAUGGAAGAGAGAGGGAAAGCUGAAGAUACCUUCUACUGACGUGCCUCGGUGGAUACAAGAUCUGGGCAUCCAAGUGGUGGAUCCCACUGUGCCGCCCCCUGUUGAGAAGAAAAGGUGGACGCUCCCAGUCCCAGAUGACCCAAGAUUUUGCAAACCGACAUAUCCAAAUGACCACCCAGACUUUCAUGAGCAGAAACGCCACAUAUUUAAUUUAAACACUUAUCUUCUGGAAGGAACAAAACAAAUAAAGACACUGACUAAAACACAGGUAAUAGAGGGUCAGCCAAAACCAUUAGCUGAUCUUAUCGGGAAAGUGGAUCAUCCUUUACAGGAUGAGCUAAUUCAGCGGUAUAUCAUGCAGGCCAAUGUAUGGAACCCCGCCACGUACAAGCUGCCUAAGAGAAUUAACUUCAGGCUCCCUGGUUGGAAGUACAAGCCAGAGACUGGGAUCACCAUGGGGCUAAUGAUGAGAACUCUUGUGGAGAACCUGAUACGACUGUGUGACAUGAUUGCUGUCGAAGAGUAUCCACAGGUUUUAACAGAGCGUAGACAUACACAUGACCAUGUCACUUGGACUCAUUUCAAUACGCAAGGAGUUCCCAUUCAUGUAUUGGCCCACUCAGAUCACAUGAUCUCCUCAAAUAAGCCCCUCCCAUUGUUUGCUGAUGAGGCUAUGAUUGACAGUAGCAAGGCGAUCGUUUUGCCAGAUUUUUAUCCCAUGUCACCUCUCAUAGAUGUUAAACUACACAAUGUUUGGAGAGAGGAUACUUGUAACGGUUGGACACCAGAAUACCAGUUUCCACAUGUUCACAACUUUGUGUUCCUGAACAAUGACACCUGGCCCAAUGACAGGAGGAAUGCCAGGGCUAUCAUGUUCUGUCUGGCACAUUGUUUGACACAGGCAAAGAAACUGUAUGGGGAGGAUGUGAAAGUCCUGCCGAAACCAAUUAGUGUAAACUGCACCCACACCAACGGGAUAGUGUUCCAUUUCGUAAACUUUCAGCUGAAUACGCUGGACUUUGAGAACCAGGAAGGCGUAAAGAACAUAGCUUGGAUAGACAGCUGUAGAAUGUAUAGGAAGAUCCUCCCAAAGAGGGCGAUGCUGAACAAGACAGAAUAUAAAGAUUACAAUCCAGUCGCAUUUCAGAUGUUCAAAGCUAGGUAUUUACAUGGUUUAGUUAAAUAGGAAAUUGGGAUGCUAAAUGAAACUGAACAGCACAGAUAUUAAGAGUUAUAUAGUGGGAUUGGAUGAAAACAACAAUGCAAAAAGAAAUACGGUCAUCACAACUUAUCAGUUGAUCAGAUUUUAAAAAAGCUUUUGUUCUUGUGUGACUUCAAAAUUAAGAAGAGAAAACAGAAUUAUGUGUUCAGUUCUGUAUUAACAAUUCCUCUUUCUUUCAAAUAUGUUCUGCCUACGUAUUGCAUGGGUCCAAUGUAUGGCCUGUAUAUUUCCACGGUGCAGAACAGCACUUGAUGAAAUGACGCCAAAUCCCAAGGUGCUUUAUACCAGUUUGUUUAGAUACAAAUUCCCACAAGCAAUUUUAGAAAAGGUUGUUAAAAAAUAAAUGGAAAGGGAUACAACAGCAGAAAGAACUCCUAUGAAAACAUCUGAAAUAAAUGUAAAUCAUGAUACAUCUGGUGAUGUAAGGAGAAAAGGAUGGAACGUCAGCCAUGUCUUUUACCAACUGCUCUCCUAUAGAGCUAUAGAAUGUUAAAAAAAAAUAUUUUAGUCUUCAAACACACAAUUUACGAUUGCUUUAUUUUUUCCCCCAAGAAAUAAAAGCAACCAAAUUGGAACUAUU